AAUUACAAACUAAAUUGUUAUAAAUUAUUUCAUUAACCAAAUAAACGUUUCAGUGUCACAUCAGAAAUGGAGAAAACACAUUAUCGAUAUCAAGAAAUCUCGAUUUUCCAUCAAAUAUUAUUUUCAUUAAUUAUAUUUUUUUUAAUACUUCUGUUAUUAAGCACGUACUGUAAAUUAAGUAUAGGUUGGAAUAAAAGUAAUGUGUGUUUGAAUGGGAAAACGAUUUUAAUAACAGGAGGAAAUUCCGGAUUAGGUUAUCAAACAGCUUUAAUAUUAGCUAGUAGAGGCGCCAAAAUUAUUUUAGCAGACAAAAACAAUUUAACCCAAUCUAAAAAGAACAUAAUCCAAGAAACCAAAAACAAUAAAAUCAUCACAAAGUAUGUAGAUUUAGCAAGCUUCGAUACAAUUAAAAUUCUUGCGAAAGAAAUUAUUGAAGAAGAAGAUCGAUUAGAUGUUUUAAUUAAUAACGCGGGAAUUUCGGGGUAUUUCCCCGGAUUUACAAAAGAUGGAUUGCAAUUAUUAAUGCAAGUGAAUCAUUUUGGGCCAUUUUUAUUAACACACCUCUUAGUACCGUUAUUAAAAAAAUCAACUCCAAGCAGAAUAAUUUUCGUCAGCUCAAUUGUGGCAUUUACACCAUUAAUUUUUAAUCUUGAUUUAAAUGAAGAUCCACAAAGUGUAAUCGGCAAAAAUAUUCAUUACUCAAGAUCAAAACUUUACAACGAUAUCAUUUCAAUCGGAUUUGCUGAAAAAUUAAAAGGAACUGGAGUAACUUGUAACUCUUUAAAUCCAGGGUUGGUUAAAACACCUCUUUUAACGUCAGCUUUAAAUAUGCGUGGAAUAAAUUUUUUUUCGCACGUUUUAAACGUUGCAAUAUAUUUAUUCGGAAAAACUCCUUAUGAAGGGGCUCAAACUCACGCUUAUUUAGCCAUGGCAGAAGAAGUUAAAAAUAUAACUGGAGGAUUCUUUUCCGAUUGUAAAGAAUGGGGCCAUCCAAGGAUAACGCGAGAUAAAUUAAUUUGUGAAAAAGUUUGGAAAGCGAGUGAACAAUUUAUUAUGUUAUCUUCUAAGGAUAAGUUAUAAAUAAAUUUUUUCACC